GCGAUCCACCUCAACUAUGCAGUCCGCUGAAGCCAAAUUCAACAAAAACACCUUGUUUUUGACUCUGAAGCGAUACAGCUCAGCUGUUGGCGACAUGGAAAAGACCAUUCUGCUGCCAAGCCUGCUGCGAGACGUCCCCUCUGACUGUGAAGCAGCGGAUGAGACCUGCAGAGAUCUCUACACAAACUACUUGAUGCUGAAGGCCAUUCGAAACACAGUGGAGAGCAGCCUGGUAGCCCUGGAUGAUCACAAAUCAAAGAACACGACACUUACCAAGACUCUGGAGCCUUUCCUGGAUGCUGAUCCCGAAGCAUUAUUUCUCUUUCAUCUGAGAGGUCUGUCUAAUGUGAUGAGCGACCUCACAAAGAAGACUCGCAGCGUCACUGACAAAUACUUGGACAUAAUUGGGUUGGCAAAUUAAAAGUCAAAUUGGCUGA